AUGAAAGGAAAUGAAAUUGCACUAGUUCAAACAAAAGAAACAACAAGCAGCGUGACAAUCAGCUUUUAGAACUUAUCCUAUUAGGUCAAAGUUAAAAACCCCCAGGGAAUUAUAGAGAACAAAAUGAUCCUAAAUAACAUAUCUGGAAUUUGCAAACCAGCUUAGGUAACUGCAAUCCUUGGAGCCUCAGGUGCAGGAAAGACCUCAUUGCUCAAUAUUUUGGCUAAAAGAAUAUCUCCUGGUGGCAAUGUAGCUUUAUAGGGCAACAUUCAUGCUAAUGGCGAGCCAUAUAAUAGCGAUAAAUUUUCUCAAUUCUCAUCAUACGUAAUGCAAAAUGAUGUUCUUUUUGGAACAUUAACCGUUAGAGAAACAUUGGAAUUUGUAGCCAAUUUAAAGUAUGCAGAUCCAAAACAAAAGAUUGAAAAAGUAGAGUAUGCAUUGAAGACAUUAAAGUUGGAAAAAUGUUAAAACACUCUUAUUGGUAAUGCAUUGAUAAAGGGAAUAUCAGGAGGAGAAAGAAAAAGAACUUCGAUAGGUGUUGAAUUGGUUAGUGAUCCAUUUUGUAUUUUAUUGGAUGAGCCUACUUCAGGUUUGGAUUCGUUUACAGCCUUCAUUAUAAUAAAUUUACUUCGAAAAUUGGCUCAUAGUUCAGGCAGAACAAUAGUGUUUACAAUUCAUUAGCCAAGUGCUGAUAUCUAUAUGUUAUUUGAUUAAGUUAUGCUUUUAGUUUAAGGUAAGUUCAUCUAUUAGGGGAGUAGAGUGGAAUUGGUGAAUUAUUUCAAAGGCAUAGGUUUUGAAUGUCCAGCACAUUCUAAUCCUUUGGAUUAUUUAAUGAGUGUUAUGCAUCAUGAAGAUGCUGACCAUCCACAUUAUUAAACACUAUUUAAUGGUUACAAUUAAAGAUUCUCUCAGGAAAUCGAGAAUGCAAUAAACUCAAUUUAAGUUUAAUAGAUAUCAAGACAAUCAAUUUAAACUUCUUUUGGAUUUUAAGUGGCUGAAAUCUUCAGAAGAGGAAUGAUAAACGUAAAAAGAGACAAGGUGUCUAGUAAGAGGUCGUUUAGAGGUAUCUUUUGGACAGCAGGUAGCGAACCUGGAUACAAAGGAAUUUAGAGUACAAUAGGAGUUUUAUUCUUUUUGGUGAUGAGCAGUUUUAUGGGAGCUCUGAAUCCUGUAAUGGUGUAAUUUCCAGCUGAAAGAGAAGUAUUUUUAAGAGAGGAAAAUUCAAAAUUGUAUAGUACUGCAGCAUAUUUCACAGGUAAAAGUUCAGUAGAGCUUCCAUUUUUAUUUGUUUUCCCUAUUAUCUAGUAACUUAUUUGCUAUUGGAUGACAUAGUUGUAAUUAACAUUAUUAUUUGUAUCUUACUUGGUUUAAGUGGAAAUAGUUUUGGUAUAAUUUAAUUUUUAGUUAUUAGGUCUAAUGACUGGUUGCAUGUUUAAUGAUCUCAAAGCAGCUGCAGGAUUUCUGCCUGUAGUUUUAAUGCCUUUGGUUAUAUUUUCAGGCUUUUAUGCUAAUUAAUCUAUGUAUAUGGAUUGGAUAGGAUGGAUCCAAUAUUUAAGUCCAAUGAAAUAUGCCUUUGAGGCAUUAGUAUGGAAUGAAUUCGAAACUAGAAGAGAUGAAUUCAUUGGUCAGACUAUAGAGAACUCCAACCCUAUUGAUACCUACAAUUUAGAUUUAGGACUGUGGAAAUGCUUGGUUAUUUUGGCAGCCAUAAUUCUAUUUUUCAGAUUUAUGGCUUUAAUGUUUUUGUACCUCUUGAGAGGAAAAUAACAAUGA